AAAGAAUUAAACAUUAAAAUGAAAAUGCAGCAGAAAAAUGAGUGAAGAAAAAAUUCCAUUGAUCGGCCUCACCUGUUGAUUUGAGCGUGAUGAUGGGAUUGGGAUUAGUUGAAUUUGUGUUGUGCAACGAAAAAUCUUAUUUUUCGAUAUUGUAAUAGUGUUUUAACACACAAUUUGUGUGUUUUUUUGCUUUGGCUUGAUUAUUAAUUAAUCUACAAUUAAAUUAUCUUUCAAUUUUUAUCUAUAAAAGAAAAUGUUCUCAUUUCUCAAUUAAUUAAAAAUUUUAUUAAUAUGUAAAUGUGUUAAUGGGUAUGUCAUUUUUGUCGUAUGUGUGUGUGUGUGGUGAAGUAAAAUGAAAUUACUAUAUUUCGUGGUGAAAAUCGUAAUUCAUUCUGAAGUGCAUUGAAGGGCGGCAUUACGGGACUGUUGUACAAUAUAAAGUCAAUAAACCAAUAAGAAUUUUUGUUUACUUAACCGAUAACAAUCUUUUUAAAACUAUUCGUGUAAUCGAGAGUCGAGACUAUUAUUGUUUUUUUGUAUGUUUUUUAUAAAUUGUAUUACAGUGAAAUUAUAAUUUUAAGAAAUGGAAGCCGCUGGCCCUGUAAUAAUUGAUGAACGACAAGAUAUCCAAAAGAAAACUUUUACAAAAUGGAUCAAUUCUCACCUUGUAAAGACACAAUAUCCAUUAGUAAACGAUCUUUUUAUGGACUUACGAGAUGGACACAAACUGUUGGAAUUGCUCUGCAUUUUAACAAAAUCACAAAUCAAACCUGAAAAAGGACGAAUGCGUGUUCAUCACAUCAACAAUUUGAAUAAAGUUCUUCAAGUCAUUCAAGAACAUGGUGUCAAAUUAGUUAAUAUAUCAAGUGAUGAUAUUGCAGCUGGCAAUCCAAAAUUAACACUUGGUCUUAUUUGGCUUAUUGCACUUGAAUUCAAUGGCCGUAGUAUUGUUAAAUCUCAUUCUAGCAAUGGAGUUGAAAAAUCCUUAUUAGCAUGGGCACGUCAAUUCACAGAACCUCAUGGAUUAUUCAUCAAUGAUUUUUCAUCCAGUUGGUCCGAUGGUAGAGCAUUUUUAUAUAUUAUUGAUGCUAAUCUACCCGAACUCGAUCUUAGUAGGGUUUUUGAAAAACACCCAUUGGCAAGACUUAAGACAGCUUUCGAAUUAGCUUUUAAAUACUUUAACAUUGAACAACUUCUUGAUCCUGAAGAUGUGCACACAAAUAAGCCCGAUAAUAAGUCGAUACAAAUGUAUGUUAUGUGUUUGUAUCAUGCUAUGGAAUCGAAAAAAUCCAUGCAACGAUGUGAUAGCACUGGUCAAGUGUUUAUAUUUGAUGAAACUGCUAAAGAAGCUCAUGCAAAUGUGUCUUUAGAAAACAUACAUGUUGGCAACGUUACUGAUCUUGAUGAUAUUCCAUUAGAAGCUUCUGAAGAAGCUAGUGAAGUGUUCAAUUUAAAUAAAAAUUCAGCCACAACACAUUCCGAACCAGGUUUAUCUAUGGAUUUUUUGAGAUUUGAUAAUAAUUCGCGUCCACUCUCAACUCUUUCAACAGCAACAAAUGCUUCCAUUGAAAUAACAACAUAUCAGGUAGCUUUGGAAACUGUUUUAGGAUUGCUCCUUGAAGAUGAAGAAAUGCUUUCAAAAGAACUUCCAGAACCUGAAGAUUUCCAAACGGCAAAAGCUCAUUUUCAUGAAAAUGAAAAUUUUAUGCUAAAACUUAUCGAACACCAGCAGUAUGUAGGAGAAGCUUUAGAAGAAGGUUCGAAUCUUAUACAUGAAGCUCAAAAAACAGCUGGAUUAACAUUAGAUGAUCAGCAUGAAAUUCGUCAGCAAAUGGUUUUACUAAAUGAACGUUGGGAAACGCUACGUCUACGAGCUUUAGAUGUACAAUCAAGAAUUCACUAUCGUUUGGCACAAUUUCAAAAACAGCAAAUUGAGAAAUUGCGAAGUUUUUUAACUAGUGCCGAAGAUAGAAUAUCUCACAUGUCAAAUAUCGGCCCAGGACUGAAAGAGGUCGAACGUCAGAUUACAGAUUUGGCUAUGCUGAAAGAUGAUUUAAGAUCUCAGCAAUGUUUAGUAGACAGUGUGAGUAAUAUGGUAGUAAUUGUAAAUGAUGAGUCUGGGAAUUUUAAUGACUUGGAAGAUAAGCUGUCGGCGUUAGGAGAACGAUGGUCGCAUGUGGUUAAGUGGAGUGAAAUGCAAAGUGAAAAACUUCAUCAAUACAAGGUCAUAUAUAAAUGGAUCGAUGCAAGAGAAAAAGAUUUAAAAACUAUGGAAGGGAAAGAACUUUGUGAAUUGGGAAGUGUAACUAAUCGUAUGAAUGACUUGAAAUACUGCGAACAGGAUUUAUUAGAACUAGAGAGAUAUUUAAUAGAUUUGAGACAGAUGAUUCAAUCGCCUAUGCAUGAAGAUGAUGAAAGUAGCAGUGAUGUUUUACAACAGUUGGAAAAUAUUGAGGACCGUUUAGAUGCAUUACGUCAAAUUCUUGAAGUACAAUCUAAUCGUAUUGAAUCAAUGGGAUUCCAGUUCUCUUUGAAUACUGAGGACUCUCACGUGCAGAAACCUGAAGGAUGGACUGACUUUCAAACUAUAAUCAAAUUUGGAGAUGAUGACAGUUUAGAGAAAGAAAAAGGUUCCGAUGUAGAAGAAGAAGAAGAAACAAACAAUGAAUCAACAUUACAAAUUAAUCGAAAACGAAAAGUUAAUGAUGAAAAAAAUCUACACAUUUUAGAAGGAAAAAUUCUGGAAACUUUUAGUUUCCUAGAUAAUUGUGAAGAAAAAAUUACCAGUUUACAACGUCGUAGUAUUCGUUAUCAAAUGGAUCAUUUACAUGCUAUUGAAAAAGAAUUACAAAACAAGAAAAUUUCUCACACUGAACUUCAAGAACUCUUGCAAGUUUGUCGCAAUGAAAAUCACAGUCAAAAUCUUAAACAAGAGGCGAAAAAUGUUGACAACAUUAGCAAUAGAUUAGAUUCGCUCAUUUCCAAUGUACAGAAUAUCCUCUCUGCCAAUGAAGAACUGUAUCAAAAAGAGAAAUUCUAUAACAGUUUAACUGGAUUUAAACUUGUUUUAGCUGAUUCUAGAGAUUGGUACAAACAACAUUCGAAAACUGCUAGCAAAAGUGAUUUGGAGAAUCGUUUAAGAGAUAUGGAUUCAUUGUCAUCGGAAAUAUCGAUGUCUCAAAAAACAACAUUUGCACUAGAUGAAAACUUUAUUGAAUGGAAAAAAGAUUUUCAAUUAUUCUAUGAAAGCUGGGAGGAUAUGAAAAGAGCAAUUUCAGCUUUGAUUGAGGAAAGAGGUGGACAUGUUGAAAGUACUGCUGAUAAAAUCAGAGAACUUCAAGAAUUUGCUGAUGAAGUUGAAAAUGCACAAGCAAUUAUGUCUGAUUUAGAUAAAAUGAAUACAAAUCUCAGUGAACUUAAUAAGCUUAAAGAAAUUGCUAAGGAUCUUCAUCAAGUUUUUGAAUAUAUUCAUCGAAAAGAUGAAAAUUCUAUGAGCACUAAUUUUGAAGAAACUUGGUUAAAGAUUCCGAAUCAACUUAACGAACGAAUUAUUAAACAAAAUACAUUUAUUGAAAACCUUAAUCAUUUUCGAGUUGAAUAUCAAACAAUUUCAUCUAUGCUUAAAGAACUUAAAGAAAGCUUAGAGAGAGAUGAUGUUUGUCAGCUUGGAGAGAGUCUUAUGGCUAGAGAUGGUGAAGAUGGUGAUUCCUACGACCGAUAUGCAAUGGAGUUGCGAAAAACUGAAAUUGAUGUCAUUAGUGCAAAGAAUUUUAGUGAAAUUCUUAUUAAAGAUGCAGAAGACAGUUUUAGAGAAAGUAUUAUUUUAGAAAUAGCCAACUUGAAUGAUUUGUAUAAUAAAGUUCUUGAUUUGUAUCAGAAAAAUUGUAAGAGGAGACAUCAAAUUAUUACGAGAAUUGAAGAAAUUCUACAAAGAAUUCAUCAUACUGAUCUAUGGUUAAAUGAUUUAGAAAUGAAUACUCCUAAAAAUAAAAUUUCAGAAAUAGCCAAUUCAAAUGAACUAUUCCAAAUCAAGUCGAAAUAUCAAAUUCUUAAAGAAACAUGUGAGCGAGAAACAAUUAAUUUUCGGGAUUUGAAUGAGAACGGUGGAGAUAUAUUGUUGCAAAUUGAUGAGCUAUUUCCGGCUCAAAAAGGAUCCGAUUCAAAAUAUGCAAAUUUGGCAAUGAAAUUCACUCGUUUAAAUGCAAGAUGGACAGAAGUUACUUCAUUGGUUUACAAAAGUACAGCACUUCUUGAGCAUAUCUCAAGUCAGUUGGGUGAAUUUAAGAAGUUAAUAGUUUCGGAAACAGGAUAUUUGGAUAAAUUGGAAAAGAAAAUUGGACAAACUCCUGAGAAUGCAGAUGCAGAGGAAAUAAUUGAAGAAUUGGAUGAUUUAGAAAACAACUUGCGGAAUCAUUCAGAUGAUUGGCUUGAAAAAAUUCAAGAAAUUGGUGCCGAUUUAAUAGAUCAUGAGUUUAUGGCUAAUGAUGUUAAAGAAGAAGUGGAUUCCAUUGUUUCACGUUGGAGCCGACUGCAACAAAAGGCAAAGCAACGAACUGAGUUGUUAGAACGUGAAGUUUCCGAAGCUGAAAAAUCUGAAAAGUGUGUUAUACAAGUUGAGUGUUGGCUAACCAGAGUAGAUGAAAUCCUUAGUGAACAUCUAGAAAAUGAUGUCACUAUAGAAGAUUUACCAGAAGAUUUUCAGCGUCUUAUAAAAGAGUUUGACAAAAACGAAGAAAACCUUAAAGAAGUGCGAGAAUUAAUUGCAACUCAUACAAAAAACAAAAAAAUGGAAGCAGCCAAUCGGCUGCAAGAUCAAUUCAAUUUACUUGAGGCUCGUUUCAAAUCAUGUCAGACUAAAUUAAGAAAGUGUACAGCUCCGCAGCCAGCUUAUGAAUCUCGUUUAAGUCGAGCAGUUGCUGAAUUACGAAAUGUUGAACGUUCAACUUUAGUCUUAGAUGUUGCCACUGCAGGUCCGUCAACAGUACAAUCCCAGUAUCAAAACUGCUUGAAAAUUUACCGUACACUCUCUGAAAUAAAAGGAGAUAUAGAGAAUACAAUCAAAACUGGACGAAAAGUUUGUGAAGACAAAUUUACAAAAUCUCCAAAACAACUUACUCAAAGAAUUGAUGCCCUUAAACAUCUCUACAAUGCUCUUGGCGAAAAUGUCACUCAAUCGAAACUAUUUCUUGAGGGUCUUUUAAAACUAUCUCGCCAGCUUAACGAAUGCUUCAAAAUUGCAGCAAACACUUUACGAAACAUCGAAUCAGCUCAAGAAAUUACAGAAAAGAAAAAGAAAUUCCAAUUUUUAGAAGGAAUUUUACAAAAAUGCGAAGAGAUUUAUAAUGAAUACAAGAAAUCUUGUGAUCAAAUAUAUCUCGAGGAUGUGAGACACAAAAUCGAUUAUCUUAAUGAAGAAUACUUAAAACUGUUGAAUGCUGAUACCAUGAGUAGGCUUACAGAAAUGAAAUCUACAUUGCAAAAUCUUGAUAAUAUUUGCGUUGAUUCUUUAAAAGAAAUGCAAAAUGAUUUAAAGGAAAUGAAUGUAUCUGGUCCUGAAGUUGAGGACUUACACCGACAAGUUACUAAUAUAAUUGAAGAAGCUCUUGCAAGGUUUAAACGAUUACCUACAAACGAUUCUCAGACAAACGAAAAUGAUACCGAAAUUGUAAUUGUCAGUGAUACAGUCCGUCAGAGACGAGCACGAACUCCAUCGACAAAUGAAAGAACCAAUAUCCAAACGAAUGAACAAACAUCACCAGAAGUUGUUCAAUAUAAUAAUACUGAUACGAAAAUUCUCCCAGACCUGUUGCCACCUCAGACAUUUAGAUUAGCUGAAUCGAGUUCCUUGUUUUCUGAAAUUUCUAAAAAUCGAAAAAAUAAAACCCAGUGCGAUGACCAAAAUCCAAAUAGUAAUAAGAAAUCUGAGUCGCCAUCAUCGGUUGCAGUGGUCGAAGUAAUUGAAAAGAAUAUUCGUGAUCAUAAAAUGUCUGUUCAAAAUAUUGACAUUGCCAAUGAUAUAACUGAGCCAAGUGUCGGAGAAAUUGUUGACACUGUAAAUAUCCUUGAAAGUGUUGAUCCGUUUGUUCCAGAAUAUGUAGAAAUGGUACAAAUUGUUGAUCUUUCCGAAGAUUCCGAUUCUUCCAUUCGCGUGGAAGAAGACAAGAAAAGAAAUUUUGAAGAACAAUGCGUUGAAAUGCGAACUACUAAUCCAACUUCUCCAAUUUUAAAAGUCGAAAAACAAAGAAUUUCGUUCGAAGAAAAACGAAAGCGUAUCGAAAAUGAAAGAGAUAUUUUAAGAGAUUCCGAGGAAGAAACUGAAGACGAUACGCAUCUACCAAGAAAACCAAAAAGAAAUCGUCAAUUUCUUCAAAAUAAGCGAGAGUUGUUUAGAUUGUCGGAGCGUGAUAGUAAAGAACUGACUUCUGACCAAGAAGCACUUGUGUUUUUCGAAGAAAAGGACAUACCAAGAUUUUUUUUCGAAAUGACACCACAAAUUGAUUCGGAUAGUGAUAUGAAUCGCAUGGAAACAUCUUCAACAAAAAAACCGAAUGAAAUGUUGAGUAAAAUGCUUCCAUCAUCAUCAUCAUCAAUGGAAGAAGAUGAAUUUAUGGGAAAAUUAAUGUCUUCGAAUAAUGAAAUGGCAAUUAUACCAAAAUAUGGUCAUUCAAAUUCAUUGGAUCAAAGGAUUCAGGCAUUCGAUAAGACGGCUAAAUAUAUGAUCAAAAAGCUGGAAUUGACAAAACAAAAAAUUCAAUCAUGCACUGAUGGUGAAAUUGCUAUUGAACAUUUAAAAAUGUCAAUUGCUCCGGAUGCAGCUGCACUCAUUUCGCAAGGCGAUUCACUUGCCCUAGAGACACAUGGGAAACAAGGAAGUCUUUCUGAAAUUAUGAGAACACAACAAAUUUUAAGAGAAAACUUUAAAGAAGUGCAAAGAGCGAAGCCUCUAAAUUCUCUAGAAGAAUCUCAGGACAAGCUAAACUUUCGAACCAACGAGAAACCAGAUUUUAAUAACUCAUCAGAAAGUAUGAAAGGUAUUGACGUUAAGGAGUUAGUGCACAAAGGGCUAAAAAGAACAAGUGAUUUGAUAGAAAAACCAUUUAAUCGGUCAUCACUGGAAGAUUUGGAAAAAAGAUGUUUGGAAAUAAGUGAUCGUCGUGAUGACUUGAAAUUUGUAAAAAACACAUUAGAGAAAGUUCAGCAACCAUCGAAAACCACCCGCAGAAUGAUGGAUCAGGUAGAAAAAACAAAAGCAUGCCUCAUGGAUCAUUCAAGUAGUGUUGAAGACUCAAUACUUUUGCUUAAAAAAGGAUCAAUGGAUGUAAAGAAUGUGUCGGGAUCCAAUGAAAAUGGAGAUAAACUUAAAAACACACUUGGUUUAGCAGGAGGAUUUGAUAAGUCAAUUCUUCAAAUAUCCGAUUGGCUCACACUAGAACAGAAUAUCGUUAAAAUGCAAAGCGUUAGUGUAGAUGAUAUUGAUGCAAUACGCACUGCUAUAGAAAAACAAAAUAAAGUUUUACGUGAACUUGACAUGAAAAAACCACAAUUAAAUGAAUUGGUUCACACAGCAGAGAUUCUAAAAGGUGACCUUAAACGGCAGCAGUUACAGGAAAAAGAUAAACAACUUUUUUCGCUUGCUCCUAAUUGUUCUGCGGAUUUGGACUACCUACGAUGUUGUUUGAAAGUCACAAGAUUGCGAGAGCAUUGGGAUGAUACAUCACAAGCCGUUUUGCAGCGAUCAGCACAACUCAAAAAUAUGCUUGGAGACUCUCAAAGAUAUGAAGCUAAGAGACUGGAAAUUGAAAAAUGGUUAGCUCGUAUGGAAAAUCGAGCAGAACGAAUGGGAGCUGUUGCAACUACAGCCGAUGUAUUGGAAGCACAGCAAAAGGAACAAAAAUCUUUCCACGCUGAGCUUCAUCAAAAUAAACAGCAAAUCGAACUUUUCAACACACUUACACAAAAAUUAAUUGCUGUGUAUGCAUCUGAUGAUACAUCCAGAAUAAAGAAAAUGACCGAAUCUGUAAACGUUAGGUAUGCCAAUUUAAACAACGGUGUUAUUCAUCGUGGAAAACAACUACACGCUGCUCUUCAUAGUUUACAAUCGUUUGAUCGUACAAUGGAUCAGUUUCUUGCUUUUCUAUCGGAAUCGGAAUCAUUGGUUGAAAAUGCCGAAUCAGAUAUUGACAGGAAUCCUUUAAUGUACAGGGAUUUGCAAUCGGAAAUUGAAACACAUCGAGGAGUUUAUGAUAGUCUGGAUGUUACUGGUAGAAAACUUCUUGGUUCUCUAACAUCACAAGAAGAUGCUGUCAUGUUGCAACGUCGCUUGGAUGAAAUGAAUCAACGUUGGAACAAUUUAAAAUCGAAAAGUGUAGCAAUCAGAAAUCGUCUUGAAUCGAAUUCGGAACAUUGGAAUGCUCUUCUUUUAUCUCUGCGUGAAUUGACCGAAUGGGUGAUCAGAAAGGACACCGAAUUGUCUACUCUUGGAAUAAGUCCCGUACGUGGCGAUGCUGCAAGUUUGCAAAAACAAUUGGAUGAUCAUAAAGCUUUUCGUCGUCAGUUAGAAGAUAAAAGGCCAAUAGUUGAAAGUAAUCUACUAAGUGGUCGUCAGUACAUUUCAAGUGAAACCCCCGUUUCUGAUAAUAGUGAUAAUGAAGCUCACGAUUCAGAUUCCCGCUAUAUGUCUGCCGACGAGCAGAACCGUGAACUGACACGAAGCAUUCGACGGGAAGUGGGCAAACUAUCAGAACAAUGGAAUAAUCUAAUUGAUAGAUCAGAUAACUGGAAGCAUCGCCUAGAUGAAUAUAUGACGAAAAUGCGCCAGUUCCAAAAAAUACUUGAAGAUCUAUGCUCCCGUGUUGCGUCUGCUGAAACAACAAAAUCCACCUGGGGUCCACCAACUAGUUCACAAGAUGCUGUCGAGCAAAUGCAACAUCUUCAGAGACUUCGCGAUAAAAUGACCACAGCCGGGGCUUUGUUGGACGAUUGCAAUGAGCAACAAUCAUUCUUCACAGUUAAUCAGGUGCUUGUUCCUCCCCCUUGUCUUUCAAAACUGGAGGAUUUGAAUACAAGAAUGAAACUGUUGCAAAUAGCAAUGGAUGAGAGGCAAAAAAUUUUAGUAGCAUCGGGAGCUAAUAUAUCAGCAGAACACUGCGACGAUGGACGAAAUACAUCCAACAGUGGCACAAUUGGACCUUUACCAAAUCUUAGACAAAGUGUUAAAUCACCUUGGGAACGUGCAACGACAGCAGCCAAUGUGCCUUAUUAUAUUGACCACGAACGAGAAACGACCCAUUGGGACCAUCCAGAAAUGAUCGAACUCAUGAAGUCUUUAGCCGAAUUGAAUGAAGUUCGUUUUUCAGCUUAUAGAACUGCAAUGAAACUGCGAUCAGUGCAAAAACGAUUAGCAUUGGAUCGUAUACCAAUGGCAAUUGCGAUAGAAUCCUUUGACCGGCAUGGUUUACGAGCACAAAACGAUAAACUUAUCGAUAUUCCUGAUAUGACGACUGUUUUACAUUCUUUAUAUGUUGUAAUUGAUAAAAUAGACUUAACUCUGUUGUUGGAUUUAGCAAUUAAUUGGAUUUUGAAUGUUUAUGAUUCCCAAAGAACUGGCCAGAUACGCGUUUUAAGUUUCAAGGUUGGAUUAGUUCUACUGUGUAGAGGACAUCUUGAAGAAAAAUAUCGCUAUCUAUUUCGACUAAUUGCUGAUCUUGAUCGAAAAGUUGAUCAAAGAAAACUUGGACUUCUUCUUCAUGAUUGCAUUCAAGUGCCAAGACAAUUGGGAGAAGUUGCGGCAUUUGGAGGAUCCAAUAUAGAGCCAUCAGUUCGAUCUUGCUUAGAACGAGCUGGAAUAUCACCAGAUACACAAGAUAGCAAUCAAGAAAUAUCCAUCGAAGCACAACAUUUCCUUGGUUGGCUACAACAUGAACCCCAAAGUUUAGUAUGGCUUCCAGUUUUACAUAGACUUGCUGCAGCCGAAGCAGCUAAACAUCAGGCAAAGUGCAAUAUUUGCAAAGAAUAUCCAAUAAUUGGCUUUCGUUAUCGUUGCCUAAAAUGUUUCAACUUCGACAUGUGCCAAAAAUGUUUCUUCUUUGGUCGGAAUGCCAAAAAUCAUAAAUUAAGUCAUCCAAUGCACGAAUAUUGUACAACGACCACAUCAACGGAAGAUGUUAGAGACUUUACUAGAGCACUUAAAAAUAAGUUCAAAAGUAGAAAAUACUUUAAAAAACAUCCCCGUGUUGGGUAUCUCCCAGUUCAGAGUGUUCUUGAAGGUGAUGCAUUAGAAAGUCCAACACCUAGCCCACAACACACCACUCACACACUUCAAAAUGAUAUGCAUUCAAGACUGGAAAUGUACGCUUCUAGAUUGGCUCAAGUCGAAUAUGGCACUGGUCCCAAUUCAACGCCUGAUAGUGAUGACGAACAUCAAUUGAUUGCCCAGUAUUGCCAAGCUUUGCCGCCAAAUGGAAGCGGCCCUAAGUCUCCCGUUCAAGUAAUGGCAGCUAUGGAUGCAGAACAGAGGGAGGAACUAGAAGCCAUAAUUCGAGAUCUUGAAGAAGAAAAUGCAAAUCUUCAGGCAGAAUACCAACAGCUUUCUACGAAACAAACACAAAGUCUUACAACUCCAGACGAUGGAAUGAAUCAUUCACCAUUGAGUGGAAUAUCGCUUAGUGGUAAUGGUGCUGAUCAUGGACAGGAUAUGAUGGCCGAAGCAAAGCUACUGCGGCAGCAUAAAGGUCGGCUAGAAGCGCGUAUGCAAAUCCUGGAAGAUCACAAUAGGCAACUAGAAGCUCAGUUACAAAGGUUGCGACAGUUGCUGGAUGAACCAAGCAAUCCAAGUAAUGCAAAACCAUCUACAUUACAAACAAGAUCGGUGACUGCUUCACAACUUAAUACUGACUCGCCAGCAAAGAUGCAGCAAAACGGUUAUUAUGAACAAAACUCAAAUGGAAUCGGUGGUUUAUCAAUGUCUGGUUUGAAUAUUGGAGAAAAUAAGCAAGUGCAAAAUGCUGGUGCUCAUAUUCAUCAGCACACAAAUGUUGAUGGUGGUAGUCAUGUUUUGAUAGGAGAAGAUGGUAGACCACCUCCACCACCUCAUUCAAGUUUAUUGCAUAUGCCUGAAGAAAUUGGAAGAGCCGUUGAAGAACUAGUAACCGUUAUCACUGAACAAGAAGUUGAGCAUUCCCUUGGAACAGAAGAUGACAUAGAAAGUAAAACGACUUAAAAAAAAAUAAAUAAGAUUUUAAAGCGAACAAUCCACAAAGUGAUUUUACUUGGAAAUUAUAUCAAAUACACAAAAAUUAAAAAUUAUAUAAGAUGAAUGAAUGAAGAAGAAAAAAAAAACAAGUUGUGAAUAUUUAAUAAUAUAAUUGUAGUAUUAAGCGACUAUAUUGAUCAUUCUGUUUAUUUUUUAUUAUUUGUGUUUGUUGCACAUAUCAAAACAAUGUUAUUGUCUAGUUAAGAAUCAAACAAUUUUUUUU